CCCUUCCCGUGACGUCACGCCUGCCAGGAGCAACUCCUUCUGGACACGACCCUGUUCUCCACAUGCGCCCUCUGGUCCUGAGCGCCGGCUGGAGGCGAGGUGUCCCGGGGGGAGUCCUUAUUUCCAUCAUGUCGACCGGCCUGGUAGAAGACGAAUCCCAGUUUUACUGUAAAGCAAAGAAAUACUGGAAGAACAUCCCCCCCACGGUGGAUGGGAUGCUGGGAGGGUACGGUCAUAUAUCUAGUAUCGAUAUCAAUGGCUCCAAAAAGUUCCUGCAGAGAUUCCUGCGAGACGGCCCCCAUAACUCCGCCACCGCCACCACGUGCGCUUUGGACUGCGGAGCUGGUAUCGGGCGGAUCACCAAACGCCUCCUGCUGCCGCUCUUCAAAACCGUAGACAUGGUGGACGUCACAGACGAGUUUUUAAGCAAAGCGAAGACUUACCUGGGGGAGGACGGGAAGAGGAUCGGCGAAUACUACUGCUGUGGCUUACAAGACUUUGUCCCUGAGCCCAAUCGCUAUGAUGUCAUCUGGAUCCAGUGGGUGAUAGGACACUUGACCGACAGCCACUUAGUGGAUUUCCUCAAGAGAUGUAAAGCCGGCCUGAGACCCAGCGGCAUAAUCGUCAUCAAAGACAACAUGGCCCAGGAAGGGGUUGUCAUGGACGACGUGGACAGCAGCGUCUGCAGGGACUUGGACCUGGUAUGUCGCCUCAUCAGACAAGCCGGCCUCGCUGUGCUGGCCCAGGAGAGGCAGGAGAACUUUCCCGAGGAAAUCUACCACGUCUACUCCGUCGCCAUGAGAUAACUCCCUCCGCCGACCUGUCCACUGUUCUGCUGUGCCAAAAACUCAGAUCCCGUUAGCAUGCUGCUCUGUCAGUACGCCCGGAGGGGUAACGGACGCUGGGAGUAAAGCAGCCUUCGCCCCAUCUGCAGCGGAGGCCGCCAUUGCCAACUCUCAAGAAAAUUUGCCAAGACUGAAAUGAAAUAAAAUGACGAUUUUCACGCUA